AUGAAUUACAUAUUUGGGAAACCGAAAACCAAAGCUACCGAACUUAAUAAUGAAAAUAAGGGCGUUAAAUUUUUAAACAGAGCUAAAAAUAAUUUUAAUGGUAUUAAUAAAAAUACUGCAAAUACGCAAAAUUCAUCAUUUGGACAAAAGAAUACACUUAUUAGAAAUACCAAUUUUAAACCACGAACAAAUAAUAAUGCAUUUAAACCACCCCCCAGAGGAAUUAUCAAAAGUAAUCAAAAUGCUCUUCAUAAAAAUCCACAAAUAGAUUCUAAUAAGCAAUCGCACAGUGAACUGAGGAAUGGAAGUAAAAACAACUCUCUACCCAAUACAAGAAACAUCGAAAAUAAUAAUAACACAACAAAGUCAUAUCUCAACAGACCAAUAAUACACAAUAAUGCAAAAAAAUAUGCUAGUGCUGAUAACAAUGUUAUGAAAAAUGCUAAUAAAAAUAACAUUAAAAAUAAUAGGAAUUCGAGGUUAUAUAAUAAUGCAUCUUAUAACAGUGAAAACAAUGAAGUAAACAAUAAGAAAGAUGAUAGCAUAAAUAAUCCAGAAAGCAUACUAUAUACAUACACAUCCCCAAUAAAAAGAAAAUAUGAAGCUGUAAAUAAUACAAAUCAAAAUACCGAAAAUGAUAACAACAAAACGACCUCAUUAAAUAAAAAAUAUGCUCAAAGAAAUUAUUAUUUCGAUAAUAAUGUAUCAACAUAUUAUAAUAACCAAAUUAAUAAUGAAAAUAACAAUUCAAAUAACAUAAAUGAAAAUGUGAAUAAUUAUAAUAAUUUUUAUUCCAAUGAAAAACUAUUUAAUAAUAGCGCAUUAGACGUAUCGUAUAUAACCUGCAAAGCAGGGAGUAAUGUAAAUACAGGUAACGAAGUAAAUAUAAAUAAUAAUGCAAAUAAUAGCAUUAAAUCACAUUCAUUAGCAAGAAAUUAUGACAACCAAAAAAAUAACGAUAAUAUUUUGAAUAAUUCAAAUUGCGAUCCGAAUUAUAAAUAUUAUUACCAUGAACAAAACGGACAACAUAAUCUGGAUAUUCAUAUAAAUAAAAAUUUAUAUACUAAUGAUAAUCCCCCAGAUGGUAACAACAGUAACCUUCCUUAUUAUCUUAAUUCCAGCGCUUUAAGAAGUAAAGAAAUUCGAGAAUCACGAUAUUUAGCUGAUACACAUAGUGAAAAAAUGAUGAAUAGCACAAACAACAAUGACGUGUUUAAUACAUGUACAGUCGAUAGAUUAAGCGAAGAAAAUUUUAAUUCCUAUGUCAAAAGAAAAUCGCAUAACAAAAAUACAUUUAGUGUCGUUAACAACUUGGAUGGCAUUACUACAAAUCAUAUGGCCAUUAAUAAUAAUCGAAACGAAUCGAACAAUUCUAAAAAAGUUCAUAAUUUAAAUAUGAAUAAUGAAGAUAAUCAACUAAACAAUAUAGCAAAUAAUCAAGAAUCAUCAUUAAAAAAUAGUAUCAUUGGAUCGAAUAUUGUCGAUUUUAAAAAUAUAUCAAUGGCAAUUCCACUUUCUGAAGGUAAUUUAUUAAGUCAUAAAAGUGAAAAUGGUAGCGUGAAACCCCGUAGAAGUAGCAGCUAUAAUAAUAUGAAUACUAAUUCAGUACACAAUUUCCAGGAUGAUUCAUCUUACUUUAACAAGUAUAGAGAUAUGAAUAAUAUGCAGCAAUAUAUUAAUAAAAAUGAUAAUAGAAACAAUAAAAUAAUGAGCAGGUAUAAUAUUGAUACAUAUAUAAAUAAUGAUAAUGAUUAUUUAUACUUUCGUAAUAUUAUUAAUAAUAUAACACAAUAUAAUAGUGAGGAAAAUGAUAUUGAUGAUUUAUGUAAAACAGUUAUGAAUAUAAAUGACUAUUCAUUAAAUUUUGAUGGGGAAAAUGAGGGCAUAAAUGAAAUAAUUGAUAUAACCAAUAAUGUUAAUAAUAAUAUAAUAAAUAUACAACAAGCUAUUUAUAACAAAAAAAAAGUUGUCCAAGAUAAAAGAAAUGUAGUUAAUGAAGAAUAUGAAAUAAUUUCCCAAAAAUUAAAAGAUUGUGAAUCUAUAUUUUGUGAUACUAAUGAUGAAACUGGAGAAAAAAAAUUAAAAGUUUUUUAUGAAAUUGAUGAAAAAAAAAACAUACUUAAAAAUAAAUAUCAAGUGAAAAAAAUGUUAUUAAAAAAAGCUCAGUAUAAAAUUGACAAAUUACAAGAAUACACUGAUGCAAUUAAACUUAAAACAAUGGCGAUAUCAAAAAAAUACAAACGAACCUAUCUACUCAUUGAGGAAUUAUUUAGAUUAAAAAUAAUAAAAGACAAUGAAAAUGAGUUGGAAAUUUGUUUAAUCCCCAAAAAUACAGAAACCAAUAUGUGGCAUAGAUUACAAUUAGACAAAAAGGAAAUGACACCAGAAGCAUGUGAUUAUUUGUGGAGUCAAAUUGAAUCUUUUGUCGACAAAAAAACUUUUGAUAAUUAUUUUUGA